AUGAGAGUGGCGGUGGUGGGGGCGGGAGUAAGCGGGCUGGUGGCGGCGUACGUGGCGGCGGAGGGCGGCGCUGAGGUGGUGGUUUAUGAGAAGGAAGAUUACUUGGGCGGCCAUGCUAAGACUGUCACCAUUGACGACACUUCACUUGACCUCGGUUUCAUGGUUUUCAAUCGAGUCACAUAUCCAAACAUGAUGGAAUUUUUCGAGAGCCUUGGAGUUGAUAUGGAACUCUCUGACAUGUCCUUUGCCGUGAGCUUGGACAAAGGACAAGGGUGCGAAUGGGGUAGCCGAAACGGGCUAUCAAGCUUGUUCGCACAAAAGAAGAAUGUUCUAAAUCCAUUUUUUUGGAAAAUGAUUCAAGAGAUCGUCAAAUUUAAGGAUGACGUAGUAAAUUACCUUGAAGAGCUUGACGGUAAUCCAGACAUUGACCGGAAUGAAACAUUAGGCCAUUUCAUUAAGUCGCGCGGCUAUUCUGAAUUAUUUCAGAGGGCCUAUCUUAUACCGAUAUGUGGUUCAAUUUGGUCAUGCUCUUCGGAGGGAGUAAUGAGCUUCUCUGCAUAUUCCAUACUUUCAUUUUGCCGAAAUCACCAUCUUCUACAGCUCUUUGGUCGUCCUCAAUGGCUAACGGUGAGGUGGCGUUCGCAAACUUAUGUCAAGAGGGUUCGACAAGAGCUGGAAAGUCGAGGCUGUCAAAUAAGAACCAAUUCUGAAGUAUGUUCUGUUUCGUCAACUGAUGAGGGUUGUACUGUAAGUUGCAAGGAUGGGUCAGAAGAAAAAUACGAUGAGUGCAUUAUUGCUGCUCAUGCCCCGGAUGCUUUAAAGAUGUUAGGAAAGCAGGCAACAUUUGACGAAUUACGUAUACUCGGAGCAUUUCAAUACGCCUAUAGUGAUAUUUACCUCCACCGUGACAAAAAUUUCAUGCCGAAAAACACGGCUGCAUGGAGCGCAUGGAAUUUUCUCGGGACUAUAAAUAGCAAAGUUUGCGUCACGUAUUGGCUCAACAUUCUCCAGAACAUAAGCGAAAAAGGGCUUCCUUUUCUAGUGACACUUAAUCCGCCUUCAACACCCGAACAUACAUUGCUCAAGUGGUCGACCGGCCACCCGAUUCCAUCAGUGGCUGCAACUAAAGCUGCACAAGAACUAAAUCUCAUCCAAGGAAGGAGGAGAAUAUGGUUCUGUGGAGCUUAUCAAGGCUAUGGCUUUCAUGAAGAUGGCCUAAAGGCAGGCAUGCUCGUUGCUAAUAGCGUGCUUCGAAAAAGCUGUACGCUACAGAACAACCCAAAACACAUGGUACCUUCGUGGCUCGAGGCAGGAGCACGUACACUUGUCACUAGGUUUCUCGAGCGUUUUAUAGCAACCGGCUCCAUAACUUUGCUGGAAACCGGAGGUACAAUGUACGUAUUCGAAGGAACGAGAAGAGCGAGCCCUUUGAAAGUCUACUUGAGAAUUCAUUCCCCACAGUUUUAUUGGAAGGUAGCAACUGAAGCAGAUUUAGGUCUGGCUGAUGCUUACAUUAAUGGGGAUUUCUCAUUUGUUGACCAGAAUGAAGGUCUUCUCAACCUCUUCAUGAUAUUUAUUAACAACAGAGAUUUGAGCAUUUCUACUUCAAACUUAAACAACAAAAGGGGAUGGUGGACACCGUUGCUUUUCACUUCUGCAUUAGCAUCCGCAAAGUACUUCUUUCAACACGUGUCGAGAAAAAACACGCUAACUCAGGCACGGCGUAACAUUUCAAGGCAUUAUGAUCUAAGCAAUGAACUGUUUUCGCUGUUUUUGGAUGAUACAAUGACAUACUCUUGCGCGAUAUUUAAGGCUGAAGAUGAAGACUUGAAGGUUGCUCAACUCAGGAAAAUCUCUCUUCUCAUUGACAAGGCAAGAGUGAGUAAGAAACAUCACGUUUUGGAGAUCGGAUGCGGUUGGGGUACUUUAGCCAUUGAAGUUGUUAAGCGAACCGGAUGCAAAUACACUGGCAUCACUUUAUCAGAACAGCAGCUCAAAUAUGCUGAAACUAAAGUAAAGGAAGCUGGUCUACAGGACCGUAUAAAGUUCCAUCUUUGUGACUAUCGCCAGCUGCCCAAAACCGAGCAAUAUGACCGGAUAAUAUCUUGUGAGAUGUUAGAAGCUGUAGGCCAUGAAUAUAUGGAAGACUUCUUCAGGUGCUGCGAGUCUGUAUUAGCAGAAGAUGGCCUCCUUGUUCUUCAGUUUAUAUCGAUACCGGACGAGAGAUAUGAGGAGUAUCGGCGCAGUUCGGACUUCAUUAAAGAAUACAUAUUCCCAGGUGGAUGUUUACCUUCACUUAGCCGAGUAACAUCAGCCAUGGCUGCAGCAUCAAGACUUUGUGUGGAGCACCUUGAAGACAUAGGAAUACACUAUUACCAAACACUCCGAUGUUGGCGCGAGAACUUCCUCGUAAAGCAAAGAGAAAUCGAGGAGCUUGGGUUCGAUGAGAAGUUCGUGAGGACAUGGGAGUACUAUUUCGACUAUUGUGCCGCUGGAUUCAAAACUU